GGUGCGUGUGUGUGCAUGUCAGGCUGGGGAGGACAGGCUGCAUGUUCAAUAGCUUGAGGGUGUUUUUACGAGCCCCUUUGGGUGAAAGAAACAAACUGUUACCAAACAUCUCGGCAAUCAUCACCUGGGAUUGACGUGUAACUCGGUCAAGCAGAGGAAUGUGCCUGACACUCAAGUCAUAGCCUGCACAGGCCAGUCUGCAGCAAGAUGGGCUCAGAGGAGCGCAGUUCAGCAAUGUCACAGAAGAUAUCUUCAGUGUCACGCAGCAACAGCAGCUCCUCGUCCAAACACGACAGCCGACAGGACAGCUGGGAAAUAGUGGAGGGCCUGCGUGGAGGCUUAAGCUCUGUCCUGGAGCCACAGAAACAGGAGGGCUAUCUGCUAAAGAAGAGAAAAUGGCCCAUGAAAGGCUGGCAUAAGAGAUACUUUUUCCUGGACAAGGGCAUCCUGAAAUAUGGAAAGUGCAGUACCGAUAUUGAGAAAGGGAAACUGCAUGGCUGCAUUGACGUAGGUCUGUCAGUCAUGGCAAUCAAGAAGAAAUCCAAAUGUAUCGAUCUUGAUGCAGAGGAAAACAUCUAUCACCUGAAGAUUAAGUCACCGGAGCUGUUUGAUGAAUGGGUGUCAAAGCUACGUCACCAUCGUCUCUAUCGGCAAAAUGAGAUUGCCAUGUACUCAAACGAGAAGUCCUUCUACUAUCCCCACUACCCCUCCCCCAUCUCACCAGGCAUGCCUGAGAGUGCCUCUGUCAGGAAGUGCAUAUCUGUACGAAGGCAGUCCACUGUGCCUUCAGCAGGAGCCGUCGCUUUAAGCUGCAGCAGCCAGGCCAAGGUCACAGCAUGGCUGCAGUCGUCUAAUGACAUGGACAAGUGCUCAAAAGAUUUGUCGGUCUGUGAGGCCCAUCUGCUGGAGCUCAACCACCUGCUUCAAAGUAUGGAGAUCCUUCACCGCACCUAUUCUGCUCCAUCAAUCCAAGCGCUGCAGGCAUCAACAUAUGACAGCCCAAAGAAGGAAAAGAGACUUCCAAAGAAAUGGCUCACUAAAAACUACAACAAAGACGUCAAAACAACUCUGCAGGUACCCAGCUGCAUCUCCUCUGGCUCUAUUCGCCUUCAUGCCUCUAACCCAAACCUCUCCAGCGCCGCGAUGGGCAAUGACAAGGUCGACACUGAAUCCCUGGAUUCCACUUUUGAUGUUGCCAAGCUGCAGGAGGACUUCUGCCGUGUUGCCACUAAUUUGCAUGCGACCAUGACGUCUGCUCUGAGUUCACUAACAUCUGAGAGAGAGAGACUAAAACAAUGUCUGGACCAUGAAACAUGUCCCCCUACCUCCCCGCAGGUUGUUGGUUUGAAGAACGCACUGUCAUCAGCUUUAGCCCAGAACUCUGAGCUGAGAGAGCGCCUGGGCAAGAUUCACGCUGAGUCCAACAUCGUAGAACCCACACUAAUAAAUCUCACUGCCCCUUUGCAGAAACAAGACUCCGUGGACGAAUCCCAUCCCCUCGUACACCAAGUGUCCAAUGAGAGCAGAGCUUCAAUCACAGAGUCUUUGUCUGAGUUCUUUGAUGCACACGAGGUUCUGUUGUCUGCUAGUUCUUCUGAAAAUGAGGCAUCAGAAGAUGACUCAAAUAUAAGUGACAUUAGUGACAAUAUUUCCAUUGACAACUUCAGCAACGAGACAGAAAGUGAGAGACCAAACUCAGGCCUUUGUCAGCGUAGAUCCUGUCUGCCCUCACCUUGCCCCAACAAUAGCACCAUCAGCCUGUGGAACAUCCUGAGGAACAAUAUAGGCAAAGACCUUUCUAAGGUGGCCAUGCCCGUCCAACUUAAUGAGCCGCUCAACACCCUGCAGAGACUGUGUGAGGAGCUGGAGUACAGUGAACUUCUCGACAGGGCUGCCAACACACACGACCCCUUUGAACGUAUGGUAUACAUAGCUACAUUUGUAGUAUCAGGCUAUGCAUCCAGCUACUACAGGACUGGGGGGAAACCUUUCAACCCCAUCUUGGGAGAAACAUAUGAAUGUGACCGGCCUGAUAAAGGCUUUCGAUUUGUUGCAGAGCAGGUCAGCCAUCAUCCACCAAUCUCAGCCUGCCACGCAGAGUCUAAAAACUUCAUCUAUUGGCAAGACGUGAGGUGCAAGAACAAAUUCUGGGGAAAGUCAAUGGAGAUUGUUCCUGUUGGUACCAUUCAUGUAGCUCUACCAGGAACUGGAGACCACUACGAGUGGAACAAGGUGACGUCCUGCAUCCACAACAUUCUUAGUGGACAACGCUGGAUUGAGCACUAUGGAGAGAUCUCCAUCAGAAACUCUGCCAGUGACAUUUGUCAAUGCAAGAUCACGUUUGUUAAGGCCAAGUACUGGAAUUCAAGUGUGAAUGAGAUUGAAGGAACUAUCACAGAUAAUAAAGGGAAGGUCACCCGAAGGCUCUUUGGAAAGUGGCAUGAAUCAGUUUUCUGUGGAGACCCGCCUUCAGCCACAUGCGUCUGGAGAGCAAAUGCAAUGCCAGUAGACCACGAGCAGUACUUUGGUUUCACCAAGUUUGCUAUCGAAUUGAAUGAGCUCGACCCAUCCCUUAAACAGCUGCUACCGCCCACAGACACCAGACUACGCGUGGACCAACGACUGCUGGAGGAGGGGAACUUGGAGGCCGCGGAAGAGCAUAAACAGAGGAUUGAACAGCUGCAGAGAGAAAGACGGAGACUCCUGGAGGAGAGCAACAGUGCACAUCAGCCUAAAUUCUUCAGGAAGUCAAAGGAUGAUACCUGGGUGAGCAACAACACAUACUGGGAGCUGAGGAAGGAGACCAACUUUAAUCACAUGGAGAGUCCGACACUGUGGUGACACCCACACUACAGACUCCACACAUACAUUUAGACCGGCACAGCCUCUAAUGUGAUCAGGGCUGGUUCUGGAGAUUUCUGUAUCCCAGUCUUACCGUUCACAUUCAGUGCUGGUCACACUUUUUGCAAUUAAUAAAGUCAUUGCCUUAAUUGCAAGUGCUUCUAGAAGUUGUGUAAACAUUGUUUAUGCAAAGAUAUUAUCAGAAUGUUGAUACAUUUUGACAAUGUUGCCCAUGUUUUCACUGGAUAUAUUACAUUUUACUACUAAAACUGAGAAAGGGACAACUACAUGAUAUAAAGGGUAACAAAUCCUUAUCAUAACUGGUAUAUAUAAUCUUUGAAUUUAACGAACAACUGGUCACUUUAGCUGUUGUGUUGUCAUGGACAUUCUCUACCUCGGAGACAAACAAGCCUAGAUAUGCGAUGACCGUGUGUACAUAUCCAAACAUCCAAUAUUUAUUCUGCACCUGCCUGAUGCCUUACUCAUUGUACUCAUGAUGUUAAUCUGUUUUUUUCUGCACCUCCGAUAUCUUUUAAAAUGUUUUUUUAAAGGAAUUCUCAGCACCUAAAGACAGAUAUUUCAAACCAUACCUUUUUUGUUGGUCUCAUAACAAUCAUCUGUUUUUUUUGCUAAGACUUUGUGAAUGAUUGUGCAACCAUGAGCAGCAGUAGCAAACAUGAAAUCCAGCCUUUUUUUCCACUCUGUCCAUUGCUGAAUUGUGUACAUGGACCCUGGGCUUCGGGACCAAACAUGUCAAACCUUAUGUUACAAGAGCUCAAAUAAAAUAUCUGAUGCCUUUUUUCGUGAAGUCA